AUGGCGUCGUUUCUAAAUGGAAGUAGAAGGAUAUCACUUGUAGUUGAAAACUGUAUAGAAAUUACUAGACGUGGCAUUGCAAGAAUACCUCAUUGGGAAUACCAUAUCAGGUUUGAUCCAAAAGAAGGACGCAAAAGACCUUGUCAAGAUGUGCUAGAUCGUUUCAAACGUCUUAAUAAUGGCAUGUGGAUACGUGCUCAAAUGGGAAGGAAUGUGAAACGCUACAAAAAAGACGAAACAUUCUUGAAGAUGAGUUACUAUUAUGAAACUUGUACAAAAGAAGAGUGUUGGAUGUUAGAUCGAAUGAUGACACCAUUUUGGUUACGUCCAAAAUACUAUGUUGAUGAUCCAUAUGAGAAGUGA